CUCACCACUUCUAGCAAUCAAAUUAUCAGGAUGAAAGGAAGAGAAACUGUAACCUACCUUAUCCUGGCAACCCUCCUCCUUGCAGUUUCACCAUGUUAUUACUUCACAACUCCCUUUCUUGCUCAAGCUACAAAAUCAGUUGAUUUCAAGGUCAAACCUGCAGAACCCCGAUUUGAAUCAGAAAGUAAAGUUUUUUUAGAUACUCAGAGCUCUUCCUCGCAACUGUUUCGUGGAAAGGAGAAUACAAAAAUGCAGGCAUAUGUAAGCAAGUAUCACAAGGCUCGAUCUGGACCCAGCCCGAUAGGGAACCGGAACCCACCGUUCAAGCCGUGAUAUAAUAGGUAUGAAAUUUCUUCAUGCAAGUGAAAGUGAGUGGGGUAGUGUAACAAUGUAAGUUCAAUAAGGUUGCAUGUAUUUGAGUCGGUUUGCUGACUUGAUGUAUGGGGUACAUAACUUUAUUCUGAGUUUUUAAUAAUAGAGGAAAGAACUUAUGGAGA